UUCAGACAGCGAACUCUGCUCUUCUUGUUCUUCUUCUUCUUCUCGCCCGACUCCUCUCCUGCCAGCAUCGCCAGCCUUUCGGAUUCAGGGAGCAGCGGUCCGGCACAUCAAGGAAUUUGGCCAAAAUUAUAACACAAUAAAGUGCAGAGAUGAAGAACUGUGCAAGUGAAAAUGUGGAAUUCAACCUUGAAAAAAAUCAAGCAGAAGACACACAUGCUGGAAGAGUGAGAAGAAGAUUCCACUGAACGCCAGCAACAGGAGCCGCCUUUACGUUAAUCCCACCAAAACAGCAAUGUCGUUCAGGAUGACACUUGUGCGCCUUCAACGUCUCGCUCUGAUUUUCAGUUUAAUACACCCUUUGACUGGAGAGCAGCCACCAUUUGCAGAGAUACAAAGUCCAAACUGCAGUGGGUGGCCUGUCUUUAAAAGUAAUGCACACGCGAAGCCGAGAGCAAGGAGAGCCCUUCUUGAGUCUGCAGGCAGGUCUGAUGGCAUUAAUCCCAUGGAAAGCUUCAGCUCAGUCCAUGAACUUGUUUCUAGAAGCAACCAGACUGCAUCCCUUUGGACCCCAACAAUACACAACAUGGACACUGAAGCCCAAGUGGAAAUGAAACCAGGUCAUUGGGCAAGUUCAGAGCUGGCACAAAACAGCAGGUCUCAACAAGACUCAGCACCUGCCACACCAUGGACUCAAAGUGGACCCUCCAGAAUUGGCAGAGAGCGGUCCCGGACCAGGAGUCGGCGCAGUUGGGUCUGGAACCAGUUCUUUGUCAUUGAGGAGUACACUGGACCAGAACCCGUACUUAUUGGCAAGCUCCAUACUGAUAUGGACAGAGGGGAUGGACGUACAAAGUAUCUGCUGAGUGGAGAAGGGGCAGGGACCAUCUUUGUCAUCGAUGAGUACAGUGGCAAUAUCCACGUGACCAAGAGCUUAGAUCGAGAGGAGAAGGCCCAGUAUAUGCUAACAGCACAAGUUGUGGACAGGCAGACACUACGUCCGCUGGAGCCUCCUUCACAGUUCAUCAUCAAAGUGCAAGACAUCAAUGAUAACCCCCCGGUCUUUCUUAACGGACCCUACACUGCAUCUAUACCAGAGAUGGCUAAUCUGGGCACGUCAGUCAUUCAAGUCACAGCUACCGAUGCAGAUGACCCAACAUAUGGAAACAGCGCCAAGCUUGUGUACACUGUGCUCCAAGGCCAGCCAUACUUCUCGGUGGACCCUCAGACCGGAGUGGUCCGAACAGCUAUUCCAAGUAUGGACCGUGAGACACAAGACCACUUUGUGGUGGUGCUUCAAGCAAAGGACAUGGGGGGUCAUAUGGGUGGAUUGUCUGGGACAACAACAAUCACAGUGACUCUCACUGAUGUAAAUGACAAUCCCCCCAAAUUCACACAGAGUUUGUACUCCUUCUCAGUAUCAGAGUUGGCACAGCCAUUGGCCCAUGUGGGUCGUGUGCGAGCUGAAGAUCCCGACAUUGGAGAAAAUGCAGAGGUGCAAUAUGCCAUUUUGGAUGAAGAGCACUCUGACUCAUUCAACAUCUCUGCAUACCGAGGGGAUGGCUUGAUCGUUCUCAACAGGCCUCUGGACUUUGAACAUCGGAAAUCUUAUACAUUUCGUGUGGAAGCCACAAACACACACAUUGACCCGCAUUACCUUCGCAGAGGUCCCUUUAAGGACGUGACCACAGUGAAAGUGUCUGUGUUGGAUGCCGAUGAGCCGCCCCAGUUUUCAGAGUCAUCAUAUACCUUUAACGUACUGGAGAAUAGCGCUGCACCGGCCAUUGUGGGGCACGUAUCAGCCAAGGAUCCCGACAGCGGAGGCACUGCUGCCAUACGGUUCUCCAUUGAUCCACGCUCAGACCCAGAGCGUUUCUUCAUCAUUGGCCCUCAGGAUGGAAUAAUCAGCACCACCACCCCUCUGGACCGGGAAGCUGCACUCUGGCAUAAUAUCACCGUGGUGGCAACAGAAGUGGACAACCCUGCCCAGUCUUCUCGUAUUGUGGUGUCAAUAAGAAUCAUGGAUAUAAAUGACAACCCCCCUGAGUUAGAGUACAACUACCAGACAGCCAUCUGUGAUACUGAUCAGCCAGGGACGUUGGUGCACGUCCUCAAAGCCGUGGAUCGUGAUGAACGUGGUAAUGAAACACAGGUUCACUUUAGCCUUGCUCCAGAAUCUAGGGGGGAUCAGAACUUUACUGUCACAGAUAACAGAGACAACACUGCCAGCGUGUUUCUUCACUCUUCGAUAUGGAAUCGGCCUAUCUAUGACCUGUUACUAGUCCCUGUACUCGUAUGGGACAAUGAACACCCUCCACUCUCUAGCACAGGUACGCUGACAGUUUCGGUGUGUCACUGUGGCCAGGGCUGGGAUAUCCUUCACAGUGACAGGUCCAUAGAGAGUCAUCCACGGAUGUGUCUGCCACAACAAAUGCUUUCUUCAGCUGCAGGAUUAAGCACAGGGGCCCUGCUUGCCAUUCUGGCCUGCAUUGCUACACUUUUAGUGAUCACAACCCUCUUCAUCUCCCUUCGUCGGCAGAAGACUGACUCAUUUACAGUAUUUGAGGAAGAAGAUAUUCGGGAAAAUAUUAUUACCUAUGACGACGAAGGAGGGGGCGAAGAGGACACAGAAGCUUUUGAUAUAGCUGCCCUACAGAAACCGGAUAACUCUCUCCAAUGCCAAACCACCAAAGGGACUAAUGUUGUGAGAACACCUCAUGAUCUGAGCUCUUUGGAUCAGGCCCCACAAUCAGCAAUUCGUAAAAAUCUGUCACCGUUACAUCUCCAAGGUUCAUUUACGGGGGGUGCUGGAGGCGAACCUAGAACCUCAGACUCACAAAGGAAAAAUGUUUAUCGACAGAAUCUUGCCCAUCAACACAGCAGCAGAAUUGGUUCAGUAGAAUACAUACAGAGUCACCAAACAAAUGUUAUAUCUCAUCCCCAUAAGGAAGAAAGAGGCUGGAGUAAAACGUUGCCACUCUACACUCCACAUUCUGUAGCUGCAUUUCCCUACACAGGAAGAAAUGCCUCCAACAUUACAGUAGGUGAAAAAGGUUUUGGUGUUGGCAUCAUUGGGGGUUACUUUCUGGCACAACAGGAUGGCAAAUCACAGGUGAAAUCUACAGAUGGCCCAACUGGUUCCAUGAAAGUUCCCAACAAAUGCAAAGGAUUUGAUGCCCAUGGUAACUAUGUGCUUCUACAGAGAACACCUAAUGCUUUUAACGUUGCAUUUGGGGAUGGCCUCCAAAAAGCCUGCGAGCUUUCCCUUAAUGUGGAAGGCUUCUUGCAUUUCAGACUUUCACAGGUGGACAAUGACACUUCUGUGCCACCAUACGAUUCAGUACAGAUAUAUGGAUUUGAAGGACAAGGCUCGCUAGCUGGUUCAUUGAGUUCACUGGGAUCUCAAAGUGAAGGUGCGGUAAAUAAUGUGAAUGGAGAUGUCGAGGCUGACAGAGAUGCAAUGGAAGAUUGGGGACCCCAAUUUGAAAAGCUGGCAGGUCUCUGUGGGUCCUGGAAAAGUGGGGAAACAAAGAGGGACAGUUAGAAGAGGAAAUGCUGAGAUGUGGGACAAAGAUAGAACAACUCAUAAGGACAGGAUGGAAGUGUGGUUUGUAAAAGAAUAAACGGAAUGCGUUGUUUCUGCAAUAUUUUUAAGAAACAGUUACACUGCCAUGAGAUCUUCCAAUUUAAGGAUAGCAGAGGUUUGCUCAAUGGCAAUCAUCCUGGACCUACUCAUCAACCCAUUGUUUUUAGGUGUGAUAACACAAGUCCCCUACCAGAACAGAAUGAAAUUGCAAUUUUUAUAGAUGCGUUUAUUUUAUACCAGACACUCAUAACUGUCUCAUGUACUACAAAAAACCUCUUAAUAUUAGAUUGACUGGUAUAGAUUUCUUUACCGGGCCAUGAUGAGGGAUCUAGAGGCUUAUCCAAUAUCAUCUUGGUCCACAUGUUUCCAAAUAUCAUGUCAGGUACUGUAUUCCAUAUCUUAUUUUCUAAUGUUCUCUUUCCCUUUGUGCCAUAACCUUUCCAGGUUUUCUCACACUAGCACUCUGAACCUAUACUCAAUGAA